AUGUCUCUGAGCAGUUCAUCAACAACUGCCACGGCCGAGGCCAACACGACCCUAUCUCUCCGAGGGGAAGACGCCCCGCAGCAAGAACCGACGCCCAACGCGGCCAUCUCCCGCGGUGAUGUCCUUCCAGACAUUCCCAGAUUCCCCUCGUACCGCGAGGAGCGCCGGCACCAUCUGAUCCAGAUGGCGGCGACGUUCCGCAUGUGGUCCCGGCGGGGCUACACGGAGGGACAAUCCGGGCACAUCUCCAUCCGAGACCCCGAGUUCCCGACUCUUAUGUGGAUGAACCCUCUCAGCCGACACUUUGGCAGCCUGACAGCGGGCGACAUGCUCUGCGUCGAGAUCGAGACGGGCCGCAUCGUCGCCGGCCGGAGGAAUCCGCGCACGGGAGGUCGCACGGUCAACGCGGCGGGCUAUUGGAUCCACUCGGCUAUCCACAGGGCCCGACAGGACGCCCACUCUGUCUGCCACGCGCACACCAUCGCGGGUCGGGCCUGGUCCGUCUUCGCCAGGCCUCUGGAGAUGAUCACGCAGGACGUGUGCACCUUCUACGGCGCGCACACCGUCUACGACGAGUACGAGGGCAUCGUGUUUGGCGGGGACGAGGGCAGGAACAUUGCCCGCUCGCUGGGCACCCACAACAAGGCUGCCAUCCUGAUGAACCACGGCCUGCUCACGGUGGGACAGACGGUGGCCGAGGCCGGCUUCCUCUUUGGCCUGCUGGACAACUCGUGCGCUAUACAGCUGCAGGCCGAGGCGGCGGCGGCAAGCGGCAUCGGGAAGAGGUAUAUCGGCGACGAGGAGGCUGCAUAUAACUUCAGGAUGGCCAGCGAGGCCAACGUGCUGUACAGGGAGGGGCAGUCGGACAUCGAGUAUGAGAUUGACGCCGUGGGCGGCGAGGAGGCGCUCGCCAAGGGGUUCGAUGACCUGGAGAUUAUGGUGUAG